AUGGGAGAUUCUUUCAAGCUUCCAACUUUAGAUUUCUGCAAGGCAGAGCUAAAACCAGGAACACUUGAAUGGUAUUCAUUGAGAGAUGAAGUUUUCAAAGGCUUGCAAGAAUUUGGCUGUUUUGAGGUUUUGUUUGAUAAGGUUCAACCAAAAGUCUUACAUGAAGAGAUGAAAGAGAUUUUCAACUUACCAUUAGAAUUAAAAAUGAGUAGAUCUUCUACCAUGUUUGGUUACCUUGGCCAAAAUCCAGCAUUACCUCUCUAUGAGAGAUUGACAAUUCAGGAUGUUCUUUCUCCUGGAGUUGCUGAAACAUUUGCUAAUCUUUUCUGGCCAAAUGGGAAACCUACAUUUUGGAUACCGACUCUGUUUGAUCGUGUUUCUUUUACAAUGAGGGGAAAUUUGACAUUUCAAAAGUUAAAAUUUAGGAAAUUAUGGGACUUAAAAUAUGAUUUCUAA